AUGGGCGGGGCAUUCUCGGGACUUGGCCUCACGCUGCCAGAAGCCAUGCUCGAGUUUGGUCCUAGCGCAGAAGUUUCCGGGGAGUGGAUUAGGGGCCGAAAGUUCUCAGCGCUCGAGCGCCUAAGGGGGCAGUAUGAGAAGACAGGGGGGCAGCAGAGAGCGGGGGUGCUGUGUGGGCGGGCGAGGGGCUACCCUGGUUGGGUGAUUGUCGCAGGGGCCCGGGAAGAAGCAGCAGCAAAGCGAAAGGGACCACGCCAGAGAAAGUGGGCGGGUGGCCCUGUUGCCUUGGGCGUCCCAGUCGCCUCUCGGCGGCGCCUGAGUACCCCGGCCGCUCUCUGCCUGGCUUCCCCCAUCACCGCGCAGUGCCUGCCGCCGCGUUUACGCGUAACCCGUGCGGCCACCGCGGCGCGCGGCCAGGGCGCCAGGGCCAGCGGCCGCGCGAGGCCCCGGCGGCGCGGGCGGCUGCAGCAGGUGGGCACCGUGGCGCAGCUGUGGAUCUACCCGGUCAAGUCCUGCAAGGGGGUGCCGCUGAGCGCGGCCGAGUGCACGGCCAUGGGGCUGCGCAGCGGCCACCUGCGCGACAGGUUUUGGCUGGUGAUUAAGGAAGAUGGACACAUGGUCACUGCCCGGCAGGAGCCUCGCCUCGUGCUGGUCUCCAUCACCUAUGAGGACGAUCGCCUGAUCCUCAGGGCUCCGAGCAUGGACCAGCUGGUUUUGCCGAGCAAGCUGCCUUCCUCAAACGAGGUCCAUGACUGCAGGCUAUUUGGUCUUGACAUUAAGGGCAGGGACUGUGGCGAUGAGGCAGCUCAAUGGUUCACCAACUUCUUGAAAACAGAAGCUUUCAGGCUGGUUCAGUUUGAAAAGAACAUGAAGGGAAGACCAUCGGGGGAAAUUUUCCCUGAUUUUGUACAGAAUUAUUACCAGGUGGCCUACCCGGACUGCAGCCCUGUCAUGAUCCUCUCGGAAGCCUCCCUGGCAGAUCUGAAUACCAGGCUGGAGAAGAAAGUGAAAAUGGAGAAUUUCAGGCCAAAUAUCGUGGUGACAGGCUGUGAUGCUUUUGAGGAGGAUACCUGGGAUGAACUCCUAAUUGGCAACGUAGAAAUGAAAAAGGUUUUGGCUUGCCCCAGGUGCAUUUUGACCACUGUAGACCCAGAUACUGGAGUGAUAGACAGGAAGGAGCCACUGGAGACCCUGAGGAGCUACCGCCUCUGUGAUCCUUCCGAGAAGCAAAUAUACAAGACAUCCCCACUUUUUGGGAUCUAUUAUUCAGUGGAGAAAAUUGGAAGCCUAAAAGUUGGUGACCCUGUGUAUCGGAUGGUACAGUGACGGAUCCACUAUGGUGACACGAUAAAGGGUUUCAGUGUCCCGGAGACAUUGAUGAGGAUUUUGAUGACAGCAGCACCACCUCGGCGAAUCAUUAUUAUCAGCCUUUGACCAUCUUCACCCUGGAAAAAAUCUCUAUUUUUGACUUAAAUAAAUAAGCUUGCCUGUAAAAUUAUUUUGAAUGUUACUGUAGCUAUUACACUUCUUCAGUCCCUGACAAUAUUGAUGAGUAAAGAAAGCUUAAAGAAUCAGCUAAACAGCUACAAAAUU